AUGUGGCUCUACAACCUGUAUAUAAGUUUGUGUCAGUCCGUCAGUUACUUCAGACAGGGAGAACAACAAACAAAAGCCACAUUCGUCCAUGCCGAACAGCAUGCGUCCCAGAUCGUUGGAUACCUCGAACGGCAAGAGUGGAGGAAUCUGCGACAGCAAUGCGUCGCUCCAUUGCGAUGGUUCUUCUCUGAAUCGUUCCUAGCAAACCAAUGGACGGCGAUUCUCACCAACUGCGGGCCUCUUCGACAAACUGGUCCCCCCACCGUCACGAUGGGCUGGUUCAUCAUGACUGCUAAAGUAUCUCUGCAAUUUAGUCGUGUCUCUCUCGCCUUAUCACUUCACAUGACACCUUCCGGCAAAAUCAUCGGCUUGCGAGUCCUCACGUUGCAAGCAGCGGGCAUGAUUCCACCCUGGCAGCCACCUCCAUAUGCAGCCGAGGAUAUUACUUCCAUCCCUCUCACGCUCGGCAAGGGCCUGUACGGAGUGGCAGCUGAACUAACCACUCCAGCCUCCGGUCAAACAUCCCAGAUAUAUCCCUGUAUUAUAUUCAUCGGCGGCUCCGGGCCCAUGGACAAGGACUCCACCAUUGGCGCCCUAAAACCAUUCAAAGACAUGGCACUUGGUCUUGCCAAUCGCGGUAUUGCAUCCUGUCGGUUCGAUAAGUUUACGUGCACGAUUGCUGGGAAAUUACUCACGCGCAACACGACAGUCACGCUUACAGAUGAAUAUGUCUACCAUGUGAGGCAUGCCAUACGCAAGGUCCGUCAGCACCCUAAUAUCGACCACGACAGGAUAUUUCUCCUGGGCCAUAGUUUGGGCGGGUUGAUCGCUGCUCGUCUUGCGGCUGAGCCAUCGGUAGCAGGCUGUGUGCUUAUGGCAUGUCCGGCGCAACCGCUAUACCGGUGUGCUAUUCGCCAACUGCGGUAUUUCAAGAGCCUCGAUGAGUGUAGUGGGCAGCCCUCUGCCGAUGAGCCAAGUACAGAUAAUACGAUCGAGACGCUGGAGAAGCAAGCAGAGGUAGCAGGUGGUCCAGCUUUGACCCUAUCAACGCCAGCCAGCCAACUACCGUUUGGACUCGGUCCGGCAUAUUGGCUCCAAUAUCCUGAAUUCGACCCAAUUCAAUCCCUGCAGAGAGCCGAGUGUCCUGUCCUGGUGCUGCAGGGUGCACGGGAUUAUCAGGUUACUGUCAACGAGGACUAUGCGGCGUUCUAUGCAAAGUUCAAGGAUCGCCAGAAUAUGCACUUUCAGCUGUAUGAGAAGUUAAAUCACUUGUUCGUACCUGGGGAGGGGAAGUGUACUCCGGCUGAGUAUGAUAUUAGAGGAAGUGUGGAUGUGGCUGUUGUGGAUGAUAUCGAGCGAUGGGUUAAGACUGUUGAUUCUACUUGA